AUGGGAAGCAUAAACAUAAGCAGAAGCAGAAGCAGAAGCACUAGUUUGAUAUCUCUAUUAUGCAUUGUUCUUGCAUUAGUAGUAAGUGUCUCUUUGGUGCAAGCUGAAGAUGAUUAUAAAUUCUACACAUGGACAGUGACUUAUGGAACUCUUUCUCCUCUUCGUACUCCUCAACAAGUUAUUCUGAUUAAUGGUCAAUUUCCUGGUCCUAGACUUGAUUUGGUAACUAAUAACAAUGUGAUUCUCAACCUUGUCAAUAAGCUAGAUGAGCCAUUUUUACUCACAUGGAAUGGGAUUAAACAAAGGAAGAAUUCGUGGCAAGAUGGAGUUUUGGGAACCAACUGUCCUAUUCCUCCAAACUCAAACUAUACUUACAAAUUUCAAACUAAGGAUCAGAUUGGAACUUAUACUUAUUUUCCAUCAACUAAAAUGCAUAAAGCUGCUGGUGGGUUUGGAGGACUCAAUGUUUAUCGUAGAUCUGUUAUCCCGAUACCUUAUCCGAAUCCUGAUGGAGAUUUUACUCUACUCAUUGGUGAUUGGUACAAAACCAGCCACAAGGUGUUGAGUCAAUCUUUAGAUUCUGGAAAAUCUAUUGGCUUUCCUGAUGGGCUGCUUAUCAAUGGUCAAGUUCAUUCUACCUUCACUGGUGACCAAGGAAAAACCUAUAUGUUUAGGAUCUCAAAUGUUGGUUUGUCAACCUCGAUUAACUUUAGAAUUCAGGGUCAUACGCUAAAACUAGUUGAAGUUGAAGGAUCACAUACUAUCCAAAACAUAUACGAUUCGCUUGAUGUUCAUGUUGGACAAUCUGUUUCUGUGUUGGUGACAUUAAAUCAACCUCCAAAGGACUAUUAUGUUGUUGCUUCAACAAGAUUUACUCAAACAGUUCUCAGCACAAUUUCUGUGCUGCAUUAUACAAACUCUCAUUCCUCAGCAUCAGGACCCUUGCCUGCUCCCCCUGCUAACAAUUAUGACUUGUCUAUGAAGCAAGCUAGAACUUACAGAUGGAAUCUAACAGCAAAUGCUGCUAGGCCUAAUCCACAAGGGUCAUUCCAUUAUGGUAUGAUAACUCCAAAUAGAAUAAUAAAUUUGGCCAAUUCAGCACCAUUGAUCAAUGGAAAGCUUCGUUACGCAGUUAAUAGUGUCUCCUAUGUUAACCCUGACACCCCUCUUAAACUUGCUGAUUACUUCAACAUUCCUGGAAUCAUUGAUAAUUCAAUUCAAAUCACUCCCUCUAAUGGUCCUGCACAUAUAGCUACAUCCGUGUUGCGAACUUCUCUCCAUGAUUUUAUUGAAGUUGUUUUCCAAAACAAUGAAAAAACCAUGCAAUCUUGGCAUCUUGAUGGUUAUGAUUUUUGGGUUGUCGGUUAUGGUUUUGGCCAAUGGACAGAGGCUAGUAAAAGUACCUAUAAUCUAGUGGAUGCCCUGACUAGACACACUGCUCAGGUAUAUCCGAACUCUUGGACAGCAAUAUUAGUGUCAUUGGAUAACCAAGGAAUGUGGAAUUUGAGAUCAGCCAUAUGGGAAAGACAAUAUCUUGGACAACAGUUGUAUCUAAGGGUGUGGAAUGCACAACGCACUGCAGCUAAUGAAUAUGAUAUUCCUAGUAAUGCUUUGCUUUGUGGUAAAGCAUUGGGACAUCAUUCUUAA